AAAAUGGUGGUGCGCGACAAUCGAUUAUAGAUUAUAUUUGGGGCGAUAGCAGAAGUUCCGAUAAAUGAUUAUUGAACUAAUUAUAUUCAGAUUUUUCGUUCAUUAUAAAAUACUACAUUAUGUUGGAUGACAUGUGAUGUUUUUUAUGUGUCAAUAAUCUAUGGCUUCAGUGAAUUUCUAUGCAGAUCCGUGACAGUAAAUUUGAACUUAAUACUUUAAAGUCACUUUUACGUAUUUACCCACUGUGCUCACUUAUUUUGGUUUAUUGUUGCAUCCCUCGUGCAUACCUAAAUAUGAACUAGUGAGUCUUAUACUGUUUCGUAGCUCAUUUUUCUUAUACCAUGUUUAUACACAAUCUUGUGUGGCAAGAGGAUUUACUAUCAGUAAAUUAAUUGAUUUGGCCAAAUAAUGAAUUAUCAAGCAAAGCGCGUUAUGCGCCAAAACUCUGUAUCCAUUGCGGCCAGUGAUAUUGUCGGCGUCGCUUCACCAGUUAUGGCAUCAACACCAUCUGCACCCAGCACCCCUCAGUUGCCGAAUCUCGACGACAACAAACCUGUGCACGUUCAUCGUCAAGUUAUACUGGUCCAGGGCGGAAACGUGCCGCAAGCCCAACAUCAGCAGCUGCAAUCAGUAGCAACUGCAACUCCUAACCAAAAUCAAAAUGCAAGCAUGACAGCCGUUCAAGUUGCGGAUGAUGCACCUGUCUCGCUGCUAACUGAAAUUGCGGACAUAAUGCGAAGCUUUGGGGACAGCGAUCAGCCACGAAUUGCUAGCGUGAAGCUUGUAGAACAGAUACUACAGCAGCAGCUACGUGGGAUCUUCAACGAAGCCUCAUUGGUGGCUAUGCGCCGGAAACAGAAUCCCUGUCCGUCGCAAGCGGACUUUGAGUUCCUGAUGCGCAACCAUCCCGUGAAAAUAGCGCGAAUGCGAAAACACUUAAAGGACAUGCGGAUAUUGAAGCGCUUUCUUAGCAUACGUACUGGUAGGCCGCAGGACUUUAUGGACGAUCUAGAGCAGCCAGAGGAGGACGAAGAGCUAGCCAUUGAGGUGCAAGAACUGCAUGACGAAGAUCGAAUGCGUCGUCUGUUUCGCGCCGAUCGCAUUUCACAAAUACUCACAGGCCAGCAGUAUCAGGAAUUUAAUGAAGCCCGAAAAACGUCGUUCUACUGUCGACAUGGCGAAAAGAUCAAGAAUAAGUUUAGAAGAUUUCUGGAUUUACCCGCUGAUCUGCGUAUACCGACGCCAACGAUGAAUAUUCUGGCCUACCUGGCCCACGAGACCAUUGCGGCAAUUGUGGACUACUCGAUACUGACCCGAUUGAACUCGGAUAACCGAGUCACAGAGCCAUACAGCCGCGUUACUUCUGCCGGCGGCAGUCCAUCCAUGAUGCAUGUCUGCCCAGAGGUGACACAGGGUCGCGGCAUGGAGGUGGUCAAGCCCAUAAGCGUGCAGGAAAUACACGAAGCAAUGCGCAGGUUUCGACAAAUGAGCAAUCGCAAAAUUGGACGUUAUCGCAAUUCCUGCGACAUUGAUUUUAGACGUAGCUUUCUGGCCAUUUAACUGUAGUUAGGAUAGGAUAGAUAUAUCAUUAGAGAAGUUUGUAACUGUUUGCAAAAUAUAAUACAAUAUCAAAAAUUUGCAUGCAAGCUGUUAUAGUUAUAUGAUUACAAUUAUGGCUAGAACUAAUGGUCAGGCAACUAGGAAAAGAGAAGAAAAUAUAUAUUUGUAUAGCUAUAGUGCUGCGGCGCUACUAGUCAGAGUAUAUAAAAUGUGUAAUAGCUAGACUUUUAUUCUGUUAAAGAAGUUAGUUGAGCUCAUUGCUCUUUGAUGAAAAAUAAUUAGAAUGUGUUCAACUUAACAAGAGAUUGUAG